AUGGGCACUCUUGAUAAAAAGUUUAAUAAAGAUCAUAUUUCAUAUAUAUUAAUACAAAUUAAAAAUCAUGCUACUAAUAACAAAGGUUAUAGAUAUUUAAAGUCUGCAACUACUUGUCUAUCACCAGCUUAUAUAGGCAUUGAGAAUCUACUGUAUAUGCCAUUUUUGUCAUUGUAUUUGCAAUUAGGUGCAAAAUCAGAGUUAGUUAAAAUUUCAUCAAAGUUUACUAAAACACAUAAGAUGAUUGCAUGCAAAUGUAAACUUGUAAAUGUAUUAGAAAAUUAUAAAACAGAUACUAAAGAAACAGGAAAAGAAUUCAUUAAGAGAUUAGACUUGAAGAUAAGGAAGCUUCAAUCUACACCAGUUUCUACAACCUCAUCAUCAGCCAAA